AUGCCGCCAAAGAAAAUUGUUCGUGUAGAGACCGCAAAUGCAGGCCAGACAGAUCCAACCAUCGCUCAGAUUUUGGAACUUUUGCGUCAGCAAGCUGCUAAUCAGGAGAGGCAGCAACAACGUCAGCAAGUGCCUGCCGUUACUUUUAAGACUUUCCAGUCAGUUAAACCUCAAGAGUUCUUGGGAUCUUCCGACCCGAUUAAAGCCAGAGCUUGGCUGAAGGAGACUGAUAAGGCAUUCUCCCUGGCAAAGGUAGGGGCGGAUCAGAAGACCGAAUUUGCCAGCUACUUUCUGAAGGAGGAAGCCAACUACUGGUGGGAGUCCAAGCGAGCGCUUGUGAUAGGAGAAGUUGUUCCAUGGGAAAGGUUUACAGAAUUGUUCUUGGAGAAGUACUUUCCCAGGUAUAUGCAAAAUCAGAUGGAGCUAAAGUUCUUGGAACUAAAACAAGAAAACCUGAGUGUUUCUGAAUAUGAGGCUAAGUUUACUGAGCUAGCAAGGUUUGUUCCUGAGUAUGUCAAUACUGAUGAGCAGAGGGCUAAGAGGCUCCAACAAGGACUAAAGCCUUGGUUGCGGAGCAGGGUAGCUGCUUAUGAGUUAACUUCGUAUGCGGCUGUUGUUUAG